AUGAGCCCUGAAAAACAAUCCAAGCAGUUUCGCAAACUCGCCCCAGGCCAGCGCGUCUCGCGCGCCUGUCUGUACUGUCGCCAGCGCAAGUCGAGAUGUGAUCUAGAUAGCGGCGGCAAUCCGGGCACGCCACCCUGUCAAAGGUGUCUCCGUGAGGGCCGAGAGUGCGUCUUGGGCUCGUCGAACCGCGGUGGGCGGCGCAUUCGCAAAAGCAAGAUUGACCGUCUUAAUGAAUCGGCACAGAAACCGAAGCCCGCUCAAGAUCCCCCGUCGGGCUCAGCCUACUCUGAUAGCCACUCAUUGCCGGCAUCUCGCUACUCGGUUACUGACAUCUACGCCAGCCCUACGGCCAAUCCGCCCGGCUCGGCUACUGCGGACGACGACGAUAACAACGACGAUGCCGCUUCGACUUCGGACAGCGCCAUCGACUCGGGGGUCCCUAGGAACCCGUCAGAUGCAUGGCAGUGUUUGACUGGGAUUGCGAAACGGGGGAGCGAGGCCGGACAUGCAGCGCAUUCUUCGCAAACGCUGCCUCAUGUGGCUGAAGAUGUCUACGCAGAUACCACUUUCCAGGCUCCCCGGAGGCCGUCGAGUUCUGGGAUUAGAGGCUACCAGCUUGUCCAAAAUGGCUCGCUUGAUCCUGAGCUAAUCUUCCAGCUGAUAAAACGAUACGAAGAGAAUUUCCAUCCUUACCAACCGCUUGUUCCGAGAAAGUACUUUGAUCGUGCCGCUCUCGACGCGUUUGCAGCUACCGAAAAACAUCUACUUACCGCCGUUCUCACCAUUGCUUCUAAAGAUCUCGUCGAUACCCCGUAUAUCCAUGAAUACUGCUCCAAAUACAUGCACCAAUUAAUCUCCGGGAUUGCUGCUGGCGCGGACUGCGAGGUGGAAGCAGUCGAGGCGCUCAUUCUGCUGGCGGAAUGGGAGCCCCAGGGACUGCGUCCUAAUAUCGAAAGGGUCGGCCGCGGUGAAGAAGAUCGCGCUGCCUGGAUGCACGUAGGACUUGCCCUACGUUCUGGCUACUUUCUUGGUCUGGACCGUACUUCUUUCCGAGGUGACCCUAGCUCGGAAGAUUGUGACGCGCGCAAGCGACUGGCUUGGACUAGUUGUUAUAUUUCGGAUCGACUGAUUUCGGUACGGAUUGGAAGAGCGUUUUGGUCGCGAGGACCUGGCCCCAUGACUGGGUUUGUUAGCCAAGAUUUCCCGUCGUUGCAGCCGGUCAACGAGGGCGAUGAAGAUUAUGCAAGAAUCAUCCAAGCCACCUUGGAUCUGACGCAGCUGUACGGAAACGUGCAUGAGAUUCUAUAUUCUGGCAUGCGUUCGAGCAACCAGAUGAUGCUGAUGGGAGACUACAUCAAGUAUGCAGACGACUUUCGCACUGCCAUUUCUCGAUGGAAUCGGACUUGGGGGAGCUUAGAUUGCUCGCCUCGCAUCAAGACUACUCUUCAAAUGUCGUACGAGUAUCUGAGACUAUACACCAAUGCGUUCGCCUUUCAGGCAGCAAUCUCCCAGGCAAUGGUCCGAAAACCAAACACCGGAGACCAGCAUUCGCAGAGAGAGCAUCUGAGGGCGACCUUUGGCAACGUGGCUUCCAUGUCUGACGCACGCUUUAUAUAUGAAUCCUUGGAUGCGGCCAAGUCGUACUUGGACAUUCUUGUCAGCGCAGUCAACCCGGAGCAGCACCUGCGGUUCAUGCCGCUCCGAUUCUACUUAUACAGCAUCUAUGCGGCGGUUUUCUUGUACAAAGCUCGCUCCUUUGGUGUGCUCUCGCCUGCAGAGGAGAUUUCAGUUCGCGAGCUCGUAUCACGGACGACUGAGCAGCUACAGCGCGCAAGUGCCGGGCCUGACGACAUGGGAUCGAGAUAUGCACGUCUUCUCGAGCUGUUGUGGAACCCUCACCACUCGAAAGCAGCAGUUUCUCUGAAGGCGCGACCUAGUAAUGAUAACAACGAAAUCUCGAUGGCGAGUCUACCCAGCUCUGUUCCUGAGCAACCCUCGAUGUACUUUAGCCCGGCCAACGACUUUUCCUGGCUCGACCUGGGCGCCGUGGGCGAUUACGUCUCGGGCGAUCAAAUGACAGCCGGACUGCUGGGAAUCGGCGCAUCAUGCGCUCGCCAGUUAGCCCAGCGAGGCGUGCAUCUCGCAUUGACAUACUCGUCCAACCUGACCGCCAUCACGACGCUUGUCGAUGAACUCAAAGGCGUGGACGGCACACUGCGGAUUUCGAUCCAUCAAGUCGACGUAGGCGAGGCCGACCAGAUCGAGAGGAUGUUCAGCGAGAUUGACAAGGAGCACGGCGAACGGCCAGAUAUUCUGGUGUCGAACGCGGGGUACGGCAAACGCGUGCCGCAGGUGUGGGACAUUACGCUGGAAGAAUUCGACUACACGAUCCAGGUCAAUCUGCGCGCGUCAUUUAUCCUCGUCAAAGGCGUGGUGGAGCGUAUGAAGAGCCAGAAAUGGGGUCGGAUUGUGUUUAUGUCGUCGAUUGCCGGAUACGGGGGUGGAAUCAAUGGCUGCCACUACGCAGCGUCCAAGGCCGGCAUGACGGGCAUGAUGCGCAAUCUCUCGACGCGGCUGGCCGAGUUCAACAUCAGCGUCAACGACGUGUCGCCGGCCAUGAUUGGCGACACGGGCAUGAUCCCGAGCGCCGCAGCGAUCCCCGAGGUCGCGGCGGGCAUCCCUCUGGGGCGUCUGGGCGUGCCUGAGGAGGUAGCUAAUGUGGUCACGAUGCUGGUGACGACGGGGUAUAUGACGGGGCAGAGUUUGCUGUUGGCCGGGGGUCUUAAAUAG